AUGGCCAAAACGCCCUCAGACAAAGGCAUCGAGCCAUCCCAGGCGGAGGUCGCCACCGGCUACAUUUAUCCUGCCGACGAAGCGAUCAAGGAUCUUCGCAAAAUCAAGAAUUCCCACCAAUGGGAUCCCAACCUACCGCAGGAGGAGCUCGACGCGAUCAACGACGCCGCCGCGACCGACGACCAGGAAAAGGCAGGGAACGUUGAUAAGUCUUUUCUCCAGGAUUCCCCUUACGAAUCUGUUCGCGCAGCUGUACGGAAUACCGAUGGCGGGGAGGUGGCAAAUACGGUGCGCGCGUGGGUGUUGGGCAUGAUUUUCGUGACGCUGGGGAGUGGGCUGAAUAUGUUCUUGAGCAUGCGGAGCCCUGCGAUCUCGUUUCCCGCGAUUGUCGUGCAAUUGCUGGUGUAUCCGGUUGCCUGUUUAUGGGCGAGGGUUAUGCCAACGAAGGUGUUCAACACCUUCGGUCUGAAAUGGACCCUUAACACAGGGCCUUUUACAAUCAAAGAGCAUACUGUUAUCACGAUCAUGGCAAACGUCUCUAUCGGAUAUGCAUAUAGCACGGAUGCUCUGCUAGCCCUCAAAGCGAAGCCUCUAUACAAUCUGGACAUCGGCUGGGGUUUCCAACUCCUAUUCACCCUCAGCAGCCAGUUAAUCGGUAUCUCGCUAGCGGGUCUUUUUCGUCGGUUUCUCGUGUGGCCUGCCGCCAUGAUCUGGCCCGGAAUGUUUGCGAAUUCCUCUCUGUUCUACGCUCUCCACGAUAAAAGCACGUCGGAUGCAUCACAAAGCAACGGGUGGACUGUCUCGCGGUAUCGAUACUUCCUCUAUGUGAUGGUGGGAGCUUUUGCGUGGUACUGGAUCCCCGCUGUCCUCUGGCAAGGACUGUCGGUCUUUGCUUUUAUCACAUGGAUCAAACCGAACAAUGUGGUCUUGAAUCAGCUCUUUGGGGGCUUCAGCGGCUUAUCGCUGAUUCCAAUUACAUUCGACUGGACCUACGUUUCUGCGUAUCUCCUCGAUCCAUUGCUCGCGCCAGUGCACGCGCUCCUCAACACGCUCAUCGGUUUGAUUGUAUUUGUUAUUAUCUCUACUAUAGGUAUCGCCUAUACAGGUGCUCUGUACUCUGACUACCUCCCUAUAAACACAUCGACAACAUACGACAACACGCAGCAAAAGUACAAUGUCUCCCGCAUUCUCGGUCCUGGAUUUUCGUUUGAUGAGCAGAAAUACAAAGCUUACUCGCCCAUGUUCUUGGCGCCGACCUUUGCUCUGAAUUACGGUCUCUCGUUCGCGGCGCUCACCGCGGCAAUUUUUCACGUCAUUGUAUUUCAUCACAAGGAAAUAUGGUACCGCUUCAAAACGGCACAGAAUCAAGAGCCGGAUAUCCAUCUGCAUCUGAUGAAGAAAUAUCGGGAAGCUCCGGAGUGGUGGUACGCGGCGUUGUUUCUGGUAUCUAUCGCCCUGGGGCUGGCUGGAAUUCUUGGCUAUGAUACGCAGACUCCUUGGUGGGCGUUUUUCGUGUCCAUUAUCAUUGCUGUGGUGUUUGUUAUUCCGACCUGCAUGAUCCUAGCGAUUACCAACAUCACCCUCUCGCUGAACGUUCUGUCGCCUUUCCUUGCCGGGUUCAUGAUCCCCGGGAAGCCCAUUGGGGUUAUGAUCUUCAAGGUGUUUAGCACGAUCACCCUUGGACAAGCUCAAACCUACUGCCAGGAUUUGAAACUCGCACACUACAUGAAAAUUCCACCCCGGAUAGUCUUCACUGCGCAGGUGGCUGCAACAGCUUGGGCCUGUUUUGUUCAAGUCGCUGUGAUGAAUUGGACCCUCGCAAAUAUCGAUGGCGUCUGCACUUCUGAUCAAUCCGCACACUUCACCUGUCCGAACGGGUCGACUUUCUUCUCAUCGAGUAUUGUCUGGGGUGUGAUCGGUCCCAAACGCAUGUUCGGCCCUGGAGCAAUCUACACCUCCAUCCAAUGGUUCUGGUUGCUCGGUGCUCUUCUGCCCAUCGCGUUCUACAUCUGUAUGAGAUUCUGGCCUCGUUCGCCAGCGCGGUUUUUAAAUGCACCAGUAAUGCUCGGCGCAAUGGCCUGGCUUCCUCCAGCAACCCCACUGAGCUUCUCAAGCUGGGCUAUGUUCGGCCUGUUGUUCAACUACUUCAUCCGUCGUCGCUGGCCCGGCUGGUGGCAUACGUACAACUACAUCACGGCGGCGGGACUGGAUUCCGGGCUCGUUAUCUCCACCAUUAUUAUAUUCUUUGCGAUUACUUUGCCGGACGUGGCCAUUCCGAACUGGUGGGGCAACGUAGCUGUUUAUGAGACAAUGGACUCGUUGUAUACGGCUUAUCGGAAGACUGUCAGAGAAGGAGGAAAGUUCGGGCCGGAGACGUGGUAA